CCACUGUGGAAGAGAGUUCUACGAUAAUACAAAGUACCUCCGAAAACAGAAAACAACGCUAGGCUUGUCGGUUCGUACAUACGAAAAAACUCGAAUCUUUAUCACUUUCCAAAAAUGCGAAAUGCGAACAACCCAAGAACAGAACCGCCUUAUGACUCACGACGCAUGCGCUGUCGCCUCAUUUUAGGCACAACACAUUCAAAAGGUGCUGAAGAAGUUACGCUGAGCUGCAUCAAGCUGUAAAAUUUAAUUCUUCGCCUUUAAUUAUGGAAAGAGCACCAUUUACAUCGAAAGUAGAUGACUUUGAUGAAACAGACCUUCCGCCUAGCAAAAUAAGCAGACCGCUAAAGUACUGCUUGUUUGCUUUCACGAGUUUCUUCUGGUUAAUUGGAGGUGCAUUUGUUGGCAUAGGAGCAUGGGUUGUGUUGCAAAAGAAAGGCUAUGAAGAAGUAUCUGAUUUCACAACUGAUCCAGCAAUCAUCAUCAUAGCUGUUGGUGUUUGUAUCUUCAUUGUGUCCUUUUGUGGAAGUGUUGGGGCAUUGAGAGAAAACAUUUGUCUUCUGACAACAUACAAAAUUUGUUUGGUGCUGGUCCUUCUACUUGAAUUGAUUGGAGGAAUACUAGCAUUCUCCUUCUGGCCUGAAACAAAGAGACUACUAAACAACAAAGUCCAAACCUCCAUAAAAAAGUAUACCAGUAACCAAGAUUUGAGAAACUUGAUUGACAGAAUUCAGUAUGAGUUCAAAUGCUGUGGAAGCACAAACACAGAUGAUUGGGACUGGAAUCCAUACUACAGUUGUGGUGCCACAACUAUCCAGUCUUGUGGAGUUCCUUGGUCGUGUUGCCUAAGAAAGUUCCAAAGAAACAAGCAAUGUGGAUAUGGACAACGAAGGAAUAGACUGCGUUUGAAAAUGGGUGAACAGCUUCAACUUGAUACAUGCAUGGAUGUAUUGAUAAAGUUCUUUAAAGACAACCUUGCAGCAGUGGCAGGGGCGGCUGUGGCAUUCUCCUUACCUCUGCUUAUGGGUGUGAUACUGUCUCACAUCCUCAUCAACCAAAUCAAAGACCAAAUCGCCAUGUGGACUGACCCCAAAGCUCAUUUCUAACAUCGGUAUACAUCGUUUGGUUGCUAUAACCAUGUCACAUCCAGAACUGUAUCUAGUUUUGAACUACAAGAACAGUCAUUUGUAUUUAUAUCUAACUCAUAAUUUGUUCUUCAUUUUGCAUGGUUUUCUUUACAAUAAACAAUGUAUGUAAUCAUCAGCAGGACCAUGUUCAGUCAUUUUAAGGGUUAAAAGCAAUCUUUCUUCCCCCUUUGAGUCCCUUAUUGCUAACAGGAACACUAAUUUCUUGUAAUAAUGCAGCAUAACAAUUCCGAAUGUCUCUAUUUCCAUACACAGUAGCUUGAUAAUUUAACCUUUAGAUGAUAUUUACUCUAAACAAGGCAAUAUAAAACAGCAUAAACUGUAUUUCAAACUAAUCUGUUUUCUACCUCCCAGCACCCAAUGACUUCAUUAAUCAAAUGAUAUCAUCUUUCACAGUGACAUUCUGUUAACAUCCCACAUCCCUACUUCUCAACAGACUCUCCAAAGGUGUUUAUUAUUCUUCAGUAGUAUUAACUGCAUUAAAGAGGUGCACCAGCAUUUUAUUAGUUUUUUGUAAUGUUUUCAAUUUCUGUAGUGAUGCUUAUGAAAAUGUGCCCUUUCUUUUUCUGCAGCUUCAUCAAAAGAUUAUGUUCAACAAUAAAUUCUGAACACAAUCUUUAAAUGCAUAUCACAGUAGGCUAAAUCUUUAAACAUGGUUUUAAGGACCAUUGAAAUUGAGAUAUUGGCCUUCAAACAAAUAACUUAGCUGCUUCACAUUUUGCUUUUUGUAGAUACAAAUCUACCUUUUAAAGUAGUCUGUGAUCAGCAACAGCAGCUUACCCAUAAAUAAAACCAAUGUGCUUUUGCUACAGAUAUUGAAAAGCAUUUCUAUUUUCUUAAAUUUUUUAAAUUCUAACAUCUAAUCCUCUGUUGGCACUGCAAGAAGAUUCUGUCAUUGAUUGAGCUUUAAAAUUUAUCUUUAUUUCUGAAGGCUGUCACUACUUUCAAUACCCACAUUGAGAACAUACAAAAAGCUUCCCUGAGAUGCACCUCUUGGUACUGUGGUGAAACACUCUCUGUUUUUUCUGUUUUCUAAGUAAAAGUGCCAUGUCAAAAGAAUAGCUUAUCACAUUUGAUUCCAUUUGAUGAAAUUCUGGCAACUUGUUUGUGAGUGGAUAAAGGCAUAGAUUGCUAGAACUCGGAAGGCAUUUCAAACAAAGGAAAGUGCCUUUCUAAGACUUAGUGAUGUAAAUAUGUUAAUUAAGGAGCCACAAUAAAAUUGCUUAGGCAAUUUUUUUUAUCCCAAAAACAUAAGGUCAUAAUGCAAUAAACACAAUGGCCAGAAUAAAAAGAAGAAUUUUUAUUGAUAAAAAGAAGAGAGCAUCUGCUGAAUACUGGCAAUAUCUUCUGUUCUUCUUCUACACAACUUUUGCAACAUACAUGAAUUCAUACAGUUUGAACCGGCAAAACAUGUAAAAAAUAUUUAAUAAGGAUACACCUCUAUAAAUUAAUAAAUUUAACUGAAACUACAAAUAAUUAAAGUUCACAUCUAGCAUUAUAGGCAACUUUGUUACAGUGCUCAAAUAAUUAGUUUUUACUUAGUAUCAUCAAGGAGACUAAUAAGUCUUUAUCUAUGCUAAACAAACUUGGGAUUGAAAGUUUUCGCUUUGUAUCCAAUGUAUAGACUGCAAAACCAAUAUCUUACUCUGAUGUGUAUAAACAUUCAAAACAUUUGUUCUCAGAAAAUAAAGGAUUGUUUCUGACAACCCUAUGACAGAGUGAAACAGACAUUGUUGCAUGAAAUAAUUACAGACUCCCUUAAGAAGACAUCCCAGUGACAAACUGCAGCUGACAGUGUUGCAUGGAAACAAUUAGAGACUCCCUUUGGACAGAUUAGGAUAGAUAGACCAUAGUUUAACAUAAUAGAAUAAAAAUGCAUAAUACAAAACAAAUGCCUAAAUUGCAAUUCUAUACAUUCUCUAAAGUACAUAAUUUUAUUUAUAAAUGAAUUGUGCUAGCCUUUAAGCAUACAAGAAAGGGCUACAAUGUAAACAUUACACAACAUGCAAAUAUUAAGUAGGUAUAUAUUUUUGAGCAGAUAUUGGAACCUGAAGACAGCAAGGCCCAACCCAUCGCAGGAAUGUUUAUUUCACACCAUGAGCCCAAUUUACAGAAAACUAUACAUUUAUUUUUAACUAUGGUACUGGUUAUAAACAUUAAGGCUCCAGUAUCAAUUUCCCUCUUCAAAGUCAUCAUCUGCAGAACAUCACAUGACAAUUUGAUGACAAUGAAUUGCUGAAAAUGAUGCAACGCAAGAUACAGAUAAUGGAUUUAUAGAUACCUUCAAAAUUUACGCUUUUAAGGUUAAUUACUUUGACACCACAAUGCAAGGCAAUAUAGAUGCAGACUAAAUUUCCACAAUAAUUUAUUCCUAUUGACCACUGUACCAAAUUCUUCAAGCCACUAUUCCAUGUAAAUAUCCUCAGUUGGUGCUCUGUAGUCUAAAUACUGUGAAUAGAAUGCCUUGAAGCAAUCUCUGCAACAAGAAAAAUGAAAUAACUUAAAAGGAGUAAAAUAUACAAUUCAUCAGUUGAAAAUAAAACAUUUUGGCUUAGGGAUAAAGAGAAAAGGUCACUUAAGCAAAUGGCACUUGAAACUCGCUGCCCUUGCCCUGACCUCUGCAAAGGUUUUGCUUGCUGGAAGCUGGAAACUGAUUGGCUCAGACCUUGGAGUAAGGAAAGACACAGCUCUAGACUCAUUAAAAUGUGAUUUAAAAGUUAAAAAGAAGGCGUUAAAAGACUAUCAUCUGAAAAUAGCUCACCCUACUGCUUGAGCAACUGGAUCUGUUGAAAAGUUUGACAUAAAGACAUGACAGGCAAACCUGUGAUCAUCAGGAUGCUUGGUGAUAAACCCAAAGUACCUUUAAAAUAAAACUUGCAUUGACUGACUGUACAAAAAGUAGAAAAUGUACAUCUCUCAUUCUUUUUCAAUAUGAUUAAAAAAAUUAAAUGAAUGGUCAAAAGCAGCAACCAUUCAUCAUCUCAGAAUUGCACCUAAUGCCAUGCUACUUUACAUUAUCGUGUUGAGUCUUUUUAUUAAUGUUAAGGUUUGUUGUGUGCAUUUCACAAAGCGGAGUAAAUUCAAGUCAAACGCUUCAAGUAUAAAGGCAAAUAAAAAACAAACAUUACCAUAACAAAACACAUUUUUGACUAAAAGCUAAUUUUUUCAGGUUAGGUAUUUUCUAAGCAAGGGAUUGGCAUCCUAGUGAAACAGAUUUAUUACCUUAAACUAAUAUGAAUUCAAAACCUCUUUACAAAGCUGCAAUACCACUUCUGAUGCUCAUCCUUUCAAAGUCCCUUUGCCAAACGCACAAACUCAAUCCCACAACUCUUCCUUCCUCCCUAGAUCUUGUAAACUUUGGAAUACUCUACCCCCUACCUGUUUCCCAGACUAUUCACAACUCAAUUUAUUUUAUCCCAGGAGAAGGAAAAAUAGUAAAAAGUCGUUCUUGCAUGUGAAGUUGUGUCAGUAUGAAUAGCCUGUACUGAAAAUUAAAGGUCUUACAUCAGUAGAUUGUUGAUUUUGGGAUAUGAUAAAAAUAAACUAGCUUGACAUUUUCUUUCUAACCCCUUCUCCCAUUCCCUUGAACAAGGUCUAACAUUAGGACUUUGCUAAAGGCCUUUAAGCCUUUUCCUAGCGUUCCAACUAAAACAAUGACCAGCAUGGCUUUAUAGGUUCACUCAGUACAGCGUAAAUGGAGCAGCUAAACAGAAUAAAUGAGGCCACGUCAGAGCAAAUUCUUAAAAACCGUAACAGCAUAAACAGUACUGGACAAUGCAAACAGCCUCAUCAAAAGUACAUAGGACUUUAGCCUCACAAAAGGGCUAGUAAAGCCCUCACAGUAAACACAUAAAAACAAUACCAAAAAGUUGACUUUCUGGCAUUAUUUGGAUGUUUGUAGUUAGCCUUUUUGGCAUUUAGAACUGGACAAAGCUUCUUUUUUGCUUAUUUGAUACAAUGAGUAAUAAGACCUUGCAAAUUCAUUAUUCAAAUGAUCUUAAAAUUUACCUUCUAUCUCUUGGGUGGUUUCCACAAAAUGUUACAUUCUUUAAUGAGAAGAAGUGAGUUGGUGUAGGCUGAUUCUCUCUUUGAUCCUGAAAAAAAGAAGAUCUUAUAAACAAAAAGUUACUACAAAUUUCUUUCAUGAUUUGAAAAGACACCAAGAAAAGACUAACAUGCUUAUCCCGGGAGUGGACUUUUUCAAGCUGACUAGAGAGUUAACAAGGGUGUGGCUUUUAGUGGUUAAAAUUUAAUAAACCAGGGAGAGACCUGGUUUAUCAAAGAGGGAAGUGUUCCUUCUAUCACUUUAAGAAUAAACCCUGCCAUUCUUCCCAAGUUUUCCACAUGAUUUAACUUCAAGCCUAGUCAGGAUGAAAAAACACGACUGCAAGGAUGAGACAGAGAAAAAUGUUUUACUUGAAUCAUAGAAAAAUAUCAAAGAAAGGGAGAAAGACAUAAUAUAGAAAAUUAUUCAGUGCAUGGCUUUAGCCUCAACAAAGUUUAACAUAAGCUUCUCAUAUAUUUAAGUGCCUACGAAGUUAUUAUUUGUUUAUGCCCAGUUAAACGUAAACCUGAGACAUUGAAUUUCUUUCAACAUAAUUUUUGAGAAGAACAUUCUUGUCACAUAACAGGGCCACUAGAGCCAGGGGGCAUGAAGGCACAGGCCUCCCUUGAUUUAAAAAAAAUGUGAAAAGUGUGCUUUCUGAGAAAAUAUAUUGUGUGCAUUUUUCACUGGCAGAUAUUUUGCCUUUAGAAGCUAAGUAAAAUAACCUAAAUCUUAUUAUUGUUGGAGAACUUUUCACUGGAAUUUCCUUAAAUUUUUACUUGGUCAUGAUGCAAAAAGUGCAAGCUCCUGUGAUGAACAAUAUCAGUUAACAAGGAGAAAACUUAUUUGGUUCAUCAAUUACCCAAGGACGACUUAACCAAUGCAUGAUUCUUUUGAUAUACAAACAAAAACUAAUGUGAUAAACCUAAUAAAUGUUGCAGAUUAAUUUGGUUAUGGUAUGUGUUUCAAGUGACAUAGGGAUGGAAAGGUGUGUAAACCAAAGGGGACUAAAUUGCUUAAAUGUAAAAAUAAGAAGGUCAAGUCAUUAUUUGAAUAGGCUCUAGAUAAUCAUAAAAGGCUGAAACUUUGAAAGAGAUAGGGACUGGAAUUUGCUUUGAAUUAAAUAGACACUAAAAUUUUGAAAAUUUCUGCAAGUUUCUUACAUCAUAUUAUGUGUUUAAAUUUUUAG